UCUUUUCCGGCCUGCGGGGGGAGGGGGAAAGGGAGGUAUCUAACGCAGGGCGCUGUGUCUGCUCGCUUCCUCGGCUAUCGAUUUCUUUUCCCUGCAGAGGCCUCUGGCGGGCCUCCGACGGCGAUCUUCACGCACGGUCGGCGCUCGACUCGCUCCCGCUGCUGCCGCCGAGGAGGGGCAGGACGCAAGAUGGCGGACAAAACGCCAGGCGGCUCGCAGAAAUCCAGUUCAAAGGUCAGAUCAUCAGACACAGUACAUUCAUCUGGCUCUUCAGAUGCACAUAUGGAUGCAGCUGGACCCUCAGAUACAGAUAUGCCAAGUCGGACACGACCUAAGAGCCCAAGGAAGCACAAUUAUAGGACAGAAAGUACCCGUGAGAACCUUUGUGAUUCUCCCCAUCAAAAUCUGUCAAGGCCGCUUCUGGAAAAUAAGCUCAAAGCUUUUAGCAUUGGGAAGAUGAGUGCAGCUAAAAGGACUUUGAGCAAGAAAGAGCAAGAAGAACUGAAGAAGAAGGAAGAUGAGAAGGCAGCUGCUGAGAUUUAUGAAGAGUUCCUUGCUGCUUUUGAAGGCAGUGAUGGUAAUAAAGUGAAAACAUUUGUGAGAGGUGGUGUAGUUAAUGCUGCUAAAGAAGAACAUGAAACAGAUGAAAAACGAGGCAAAAUCUACAAGCCGUCCUCGAGAUUUGCAGAUCAAAAGAAUGCACCAAAUCAGUCCUCUAAUGAAAGGCCACCAUCCCUUCUUGUGAUAGAAACCAAAAAACCUCCACUGAAGAAAGGGGAGAAAGAAAAGAAAAAGAGCAAUUUGGAACUCUUCAAAGAAGAACUAAAACAAAUUCAAGAAGAACGUGAUGAAAGACAUAAAACAAAAGGCAGACUAAGUCGUUUUGAACCCCCUCAGUCAGAUUCAGAUGGCCAGCGUCGUUCUAUGGACGCGCCUUCCCGAAGAAAUAGAUCAUCUGGUGUCCUUGAUGACUAUGCACCUGGCUCGCAUGAUGUGGGAGAUCCAAGUACUACAAAUUUAUACCUUGGAAACAUUAACCCACAGAUGAAUGAAGAAAUGUUAUGCCAGGAAUUUGGGAGGUUUGGACCAUUAGCCAGUGUCAAAAUUAUGUGGCCGAGAACAGAUGAAGAAAGAGCAAGAGAAAGAAAUUGUGGUUUUGUGGCCUUUAUGAAUAGAAGAGAUGCUGAGAGAGCUUUGAAAAAUCUUAAUGGAAAGAUGAUCAUGUCCUUUGAAAUGAAACUAGGGUGGGGCAAAGCUGUACCUAUUCCACCGCAUCCAAUAUACAUUCCACCUUCUAUGAUGGAACACACUCUUCCUCCCCCACCCUCCGGCCUGCCUUUCAAUGCUCAACCUAGAGAGAGAUUAAAGAACCCCAAUGCUCCAAUGUUACCUCCACCUAAAAGCAAGGAGGAUUUUGAGAAGACUCUGUCGCAAGCCAUAGUCAAAGUGGUUAUCCCAACAGAAAGGAAUUUGCUCGCACUGAUACAUCGAAUGAUAGAGUUUGUUGUACGUGAAGGACCAAUGUUUGAAGCCAUGAUUAUGAAUAGAGAAAUCAACAAUCCUAUGUUCAGGUUUUUGUUUGAAAAUCAGACUCCAGCCCAUGUUUACUAUAGAUGGAAGCUUUAUUCAAUUCUACAGGGAGAUGCUCCAACUAAGUGGAGAACAGAAGAUUUUCGUAUGUUCAAAAAUGGAUCUUUUUGGAGGCCACCACCAUUAAAUCCAUACCUGCAUGGGAUGUCAGAAGAGCAAGAAACUGAAGCUUUUGUUGAGGAACCUAGCAAGAAAGGAGCACUUAAAGAAGAGCAGAGAGAUAAAUUGGAAGAAAUCUUACGUGGAUUAACGCCUCGGAAAAAUGAUAUUGGUGAUGCAAUGGUUUUCUGUCUUAAUAAUGCUGAAGCUGCUGAAGAAAUAGUGGAUUGUAUUACUGAGUCCCUCUCCAUCUUGAAAACACCACUGCCUAAAAAGAUUGCCAGAUUAUAUUUGGUUUCUGAUGUAUUAUAUAACUCUUCAGCAAAAGUUGCCAAUGCUUCAUAUUAUAGAAAAUUUUUUGAAACAAAAUUAUGUCAGAUAUUUUCGGACCUCAAUGCCACCUACCGUACAAUUCAAGGCCACUUACAAUCCGAAAACUUCAAGCAACGAGUAAUGACCUGCUUCAGAGCAUGGGAAGAUUGGGCAAUUUAUCCAGAACCAUUUUUGAUCAAAUUACAAAAUAUAUUUUUGGGACUUGUAAAUAUUAUUGAAGAAAAAGAAACAGAGGAAGUACCAGAUGAUCUCGAUGGUGCUCCCAUUGAGGAGGAGCUUGAUGGUGCGCCCUUGGAAGAUGUGGAUGGAAUUCCUAUUGAUGCCACUCCCAUUGAUGAUCUUGAUGGAGUCCCCAUAAAGUCACUUGAUGAUGAUCUCGAUGGUGUGCCUUUGGAUACCUCUGAAGACUCAAAAAAGAAUGAGCCCAUUUUUAAAGUGGCCCCAUCCAAAUGGGAAGCUGUAGAUGAAUCGGAAUUGGAAGCACAGGCGGUAACAACAUCUAAGUGGGAGUUAUUUGACCAGCAUGAAGAAUCAGAAGAAGAAGAAAAUCAAAAUCAAGAAGAAGAGAGUGAAGAUGAGGAAGAUACUCAGAGCUCCAAAUCUGAAGAACAUCAUUUGUAUUCCAAUCCCAUCAAAGAAGAGAUGACGGAGUCCAAAUCCUCUAUUAAAUAUUCAGAAAUGAGUGAAGAAAAACGAGCUAAGCUUCGAGAAAUUGAGCUCAAAGUGAUGAAGUUUCAAGAUGAAUUGGAAUCUGGGAAAAGACCGAAAAAGCCAGGGCAAAGUUUUCAAGAACAAGUGGAGCACUACAGAGAUAAACUUCUUCAGAGAGAAAAGGAGAAGGAAUUGGAAAGAGAACGUGAGAGAGACAAGAAGGAUAAAGAGAAACUGGAAUCCCGAUCCAAAGACAAGAAGGAAAAGGAUGAAUGCACGCCAACAAGGAAAGAAAGGAAAAGGCGACAUAGCACAUCGCCUAGCCCCUCUCGGAGCAGUAGUGGUAGGCGAGCAAAAUCCCCAUCACCCAAAUCAGAGAGAUCAGAACGGUCAGAGAGAUCUCACAAAGAAAGUUCCCGUUCCAGAUCAUCUCACAAAGAUUCUCCCAGAGAUGUUAGUAAAAAGGCCAAAAGAUCACCAUCUGGUUCAAGGACACCUAAAAGGUCUAGGCGAUCACGAUCUAGGUCCCCUAAAAAAUCAGGGAAGAAAUCCAGGUCUCAGUCUCGAUCUCCGCACAGAUCCCACAAGAAGUCAAAGAAAAGCAAACACUGACAAAAAAAAAAAAAUCACUUUUUUUUUUUUUUUUUAAAACAAUGCUGUCGCUUACUGGAAAUGCGGUUUUGUUUUUGUGCCUGAACAAGUCUGUUUUAAAAAAAAAAAUCAAAUGGAAGAGCAUUCCUCAAUUUUUUUUUUUUUUUUUUUUUGUGAAUGCACGUGUAUACUCAUGAGUAACUGCAUCUGUAGACCUGUCAUUGUUUUAUAUUGUACAAAAAUAUCUUCAUUGUGGCUGUUUCUCAAAAUGAAACAUUUUUUUUGUGUUUAUGAAUUUCAUCAGAAAUGUGUGUAACUGAUCUGCUGGCAGUAGUGAUAUUUUGUUUUAGGAUGUUGUGACCUAGCAAAAAUAACACACAGAUGUUUUUUCCCCCUUUUGUAGCUUUGACAAUUUGGAUUAGAUUUCAAAUAAAAUCUCAACAGAAAAUUAAAUGUUGUUUUCUUGCCCCAUUGGUGACAGCGAGUUCCAUAAAAGUCUAAGUGAGUUUGCCACCACUCAUGCUUCUCCUCUGUGAUGCACUUUACAAUCCUUGGCGUUCUGAGUAACUAUUCCCUUAGUUAUAUUAAAAUAACUGUCAAAAUUAAGACAACUGAGAAAAUUCUGUGGUCAUUGUUCUUAAGAGGGUUCUGAAAUAACCAGGAUUUCCUAGACCACUUUGGUGCCCAGAGAGCUAAGAAUCAUAGAAAUGGCAUGCUUUGUUAGGCUACUACACUGCCCACAGGCAAAGCCAAAGUCGAUAGGAUUGUCUUUUUACAGAAAUAGUUUUUAACACAACACAUAUAUCUAGAAAAAUUAUAUGGAGAUAAUUUAAAUCAUGGGCUUAUUAGUUGGGUGUGAGCUGUUGUUUAUACAAUUCAGAUUAAGAUAGGAAGAAGUAGCUUGGGGACUAGUUCUUUCUAGACUUUUUCUCCUUCUCCAUGACAGCCAAAGGCUCUUUCUGUAUUCUUUUUUCAUGCCCCUGUUUGAAGGUUGGUAUCAAAAAAUUUUUUCUUACUGUUAAUCACUUCAGUCUAAAAAAGUAAGAAUGGUUUCAGUUCAAGUAAAAUAGGAAAAUAAAUUAGCUUUUUGAAAUUCCUAAGCUUGAGUAUCUCAUCCAGGAUGCAUUGAAAAAAAGCUCAUUUAAGCAGCUGAUACCACUUGGAAGUCAUAAUAUGCUCUGAUCUGGGAGCAAGACUUCCUCAGUACAGCAGAGCAGAUAUUUGUACAAUGUUUUUAUAUAGUAAGCAUAAAAGACCGGGGUCAUUUUAGAUCUUAGGUCUGACAGAUACUAAAAUUUGUCUGUUUGCCUUUAAUGGUUUUCAUUUGGGUGCUUAAUUGUACAGUUGUUCAAGAUGUGGGGUUUUUUUGUGUGUUUUUUUGUGGGGUAUGGGGAAGUAACUACUCUGAUGAUGGAUUGUCUUGAUUAGGAUACUUUUAAAAGAAGCUUUAUUUUAAACCUAUUUUACACAUUUUUAAAAUUCUUGCAGGCAUGUAAUUUUAAAUGUACUAUACACGUGAGGGAGUAAUUGUAUUCAUAUCAGCUCGCUGUUGGCAGGCUACUUCUAAACUGUGCAAACCAAUAAAAUGUGGCAAUGAGCCCAUCAAGAUUAUUUUCCUUAAUGGCUCUUAUCAACAUAUAAAUAUUGCUUGAAUAGGUAUUCACUUAACUUUCAUGCUUCUGUUCAAGCAUUUUGUUAGGGAAUGUUAAUUGUUAAAAGCCCACUCUGAACCAUUAAGAAAUGCUAAAAAUUUGGUGCUGGUUUCUCUCUCUCCCCCCCCCCCCCUUAAAAAAAAAUCAACAUAAAUAGUUUUUUUCUACUCUUACUCCAUACCUAGAAGAACUUAAUUUUGUGAAAUAUAUCUUGCAUGGCAAAACUUUAGGGAUAGAUGAAUCUCUGUCCUGCACUCCACAGCUGGUAGGUGCAGUGUUAUUUUGGUAGUGUGAAGACUUGCAAAUAAACAAUAUACCAAACAAAUGGCAAGAAAUUGGGGGGAGAGAGGAGUGUACUCUGCUCUUCAGAGGAUGAAUGAGUAGGAAAACUAUUGUGGUGAUUUAAUUUGGGGUAUUUUGUAAAGCAUUAGAAUUAAGCAGCUCUCUGUCUUGAGCAUAAUUAUUAGACCUUAUUUUUACAGCAGAUAAGACUGGCCUUCUGCCUUUUUAAGUAUUGGCAUGCUGUGUGAACAACAAUGGGAGGAUAUGUAGGGAAUCCAGCAGUUUUGGCUCCUCCAGAGCACUUCUCUGAGGGUUGUUGAAUUGUAAAAGGUACUGGUAAAUUAGUUGCUCUUUAUUGAUUUUAAUGAGAAGUUAGAGAAAGUAAACAUGUUUCUAACUUUCCAACUUGUGAGAAUUUAAUAGGAUAAAAAAGGGGGCAGGGAAGGAUCUUGCAAAAGGAAGGCAUAUUUGAUUAGGUUUUAGAAAAUCUUAAUCACUCAUGAUCAAAUAGAUGCCCAAACAAGGUAGUUCUGAAUUACCUGCUGAAGUAUCCACAAAUAAACUAAAAGAUUCUUAUUCACUUCCUUUCAUUAAAAAAGAAAUACUUCAUCUGACUUAAGAAUUCAUGCCCAGGGACCAUGUAUCUUCUACAGCCAGUUAGGAAAGAAAAUGUGCUCCCUUGGCUUUACAGGUGAAGCCAGAUUCUUUCAUUACUCUGUUCUCUGCUGUUUCAGAGAGGGGUUUCUCUGCUAGACUUAAUGCUGCUCUGGUCUCCCAUUGUUUUCAGGUGAAAAACAUACUAAAACCUAACCUGCCACUUACCAAAAAUAAACCCCAAGAAAAUAAGUAAGCAUGUUUGUUUGAGCAAUAUUUUUCCAUGUUCCUGUAUAUGGUGUUGGUAAAUGGCUGGGAUUUUUGGUUAAGACGAAUGUUUAGGAAUUGAGUGACCCAAAGGAUGUCUUUUAUUGAUUCAGAAUUUUUUUUUAAAAAAAUUCUUGUAUGUGCUAAGGUUUGCAAAAAUUGCACUGACCUGGUUUUAUUUUGUUUGGACCAUGCCUAUGGGAUAAAGUUGAGGCUUGCUCCAAUUAAAAAAACCCAGUGGGAGAAAUAUUUGCUUACAUGCUUUUAUGUAACAGCUGUUUUUUCUUUGUUUUAAAUUCUUUACUGUUGAGAACAUAUAUAUAUAUAUAUAUUUUAAAAUCCUAGUCGUAAUUAGACCUAAUUUCCCUAAAAAGUCUUGGCUUUUAUCUUUAUAAAAUUCAAGGUUUGGAGAAAUAGAGCCAAAAAAAUAUUUUUGCCACUGU